UUAAAAAAGAGCUAGACUGUGUGAAGUAUGCUGUUUCCACUCGCGAUGAAGAUCAUGACAUUUAUGAUUACAAAGAAAGAAGGGGAAUAAUGGAAGUGGAAAAUCCUCAACUCAAGAUUAAAAUAACAGGUUAUAUUUUACAAAUAAUGAAUGUUGAAUGCAAUGACAAAAUUAUUUUCAUAUUUUAUUCCUCGUGUAAUUUUCCAUUCCAUCGAGGCCACGGCCGAGUGAAAUGGACAAUUCCAUCUUUCACUGAAUGAAAAUAUUAAACUAUUGCAUGAAUGAAAGCAUUCAUUAUUUGUUUUAUGUGACACCAAAAUACUGAAAAUAGAUCACUUUUGUCGAAUGUUUAAGUCAAUUAAGUACAAGACAAAUACAUACCUUGUUCAAAAUUAAAACAUUUAAAAUCUAUCAAAAAAGUCCCAACAAAUGUUUUAUUGAAGAAAUAAUGUAUGAUAAUGGUCGUCAUUUAUCGCCAAAAAUUAUCGUAAACAUUAUCGUAAAGAAUAUUGUAGCUAUCUUUACACCCGCGAUUUUGCUUCGCACGAGUUAUGUAUUUGAAUUUAAUUCUAUCCGUGAAAAUUAUAAUUAAAUGAGCUAUACGAUUACGUUACAAAUAGGAUUUUGAAUGAUUGAAGUUAGCUAAUUAAAAAUUUACUUUCCAAAAUAGGCCUAAUUGUAGUGGUAAAGACUGCCCCAAACUGCCCAAGCUUCCAUAAAGUUUUCGCAAAUUUUGCGGAAGUUCCAGUUUAGCCAAUAUUUUCGAACUGUGGUGUUUUUUAUUCAUGCACCCUGUUAAUUAAUGCUUUAAUUGUAACUUGAGAAUUAGUAUCUUUGUAGGUAUUCUGGCAGAAGAAAUUGGGAGACAGCUGAUAAUGCUUUUCCAGAACUUGGGUGACAAUGGUGAGAAAAGAAACAAAGUUUGCCUUGAUUGCUCUACUUGUAAUCAACUUUUCAUCUGUGAUUAUCUUAUUAUGUAUAGCACAGAAAAUCCAAGCAAUGCAUGUAGCUCUAAAAUGUUUACAUGCAGGCGGCUGGAAAUUUCCAGAUGGGAGGUAGAGUGAGUAGGGUGGAGGGAAGGUCUGAUGGGCCACAUUAUUAUACUCUUUAUUUGCAACAGAUUUGAAGUUGCAAACUUCAGUGUUAUUAACUAUAAGGUUGACUUCUGUGGAGUUAUAUAAUAUCCUUUAUAGAUCUCAAAAAUUCUUUGUUUCAUAAUAGACGAUUAAUCUCAUUAGAAAUAACCUGAUCAAUCAAUCUCGUAAACAUUAGAUAUAGCCCUAUACGAUUAGUAACUAUGUAUACACUUACCUUCAAACUCCUUAUUUUACUUCCCAAUGAUCAUUAAUACAGUAGCAACUGACAAAGUUUUAUUCAUCCAUAUUAUCCAUCUGAACCUCUUGAAGCGCGUUUCCUAUUUCCAAAGAUUGCGUCAAAAUGAUAGUUGAAUAAAAGGGUUUGUUGAGGGAAAUUUUGAGUGUGAAUUUUAUACAUUUAUUAGACCUAUAUUCCAGCUCUUGCAGGAAUCGAACCUGCGGGCCGGCAAUUCCAGUGCAGCGCUCUAACCAACUGAGCUACAAAGGCCAGUUGUCGAGCUCUAACCGCAAGUGAUUGGGGAGAGUUAAUUUAACUAAGGACAACCUUUUUUUAGGAUUGAUUUACUGUAGAAAUUAAGCCUUAGUACUGGUGCACAGUUUUACUAAUUAAAAUGGAUUGAAGCCCAAUAUAUCAUGCUUUUAAUUUAUGACAGCGAAAUACAAUGUAACUUAGAUACGAAUGUCUUAAAAUAUGUCAGAGAAUUAGUAUAGGUAAUCAUGCGAUGGCGAGUACAAUUAGGGAUUAACAGUACGAGUGAUGUUUGGAAAUUUUGCCAAAAUUGGACGAGCCGCCGGGGCGAGUUCAAUUUGGCAAAUUUCCAAACAUCACGAGUACUAUUAAUCCCUAAUUUGUACGAGCAACAUCGCAUGAUUACUUGUUUAUUACUAGCAUGACAAAAUUGGAUACGUACUUCUCAAUGUCAACAUCAUAUUCUCUCGCCAAAGCUCAGUCCUGCCAGACUUUGAACCAAAUUUUGGUGCUUUUGUUUGUAUUUUCAUUUAAUUCUUUUGUUCAAGCAAAAUUUGUUGCUUUUGUUCGUAUUUUCAUCUAGUUCUUCCACGGCAAUUUCAUUUCAGAUUUGUGUUUAAAUACCUUUCCGCCAUUUUGUUUGUUUUGGGAAAAUCAUUAAUUGUACUGCAGUACAAUUAAUGAAAUUUUGUACUCCUCUAGAUCUCAACCAAAUAUCAGCAUCCAGUAAUUUUGUCAUGCUAAUAACAAGUGUUUUAACAGUACGAUCGGAAAGCUUCGGAUUGAGAGUGGUUCAACUACCUGAAAAAUACAGGCAAAAAGUGCGUUUGGAAAGGCCUUCGCUCGAAACGUCGACGUUUUUCUUGUAUUUUUAGGCAGUUGAAUCCUUCUGAAACCACAGCUUUCUGGUCUGAUUGUCACACCACUUAUAUGCCGACAUACACCGAUCGAGGUUUUAUUAACAGUAUAAGACUCAAAUUAUCGAGUCGAACCUUCUUUGGAACGUAGAAUGUCCGUAUAAUAUAUACUGUAUAAUCACUUAUCAAUUUCAUUCGCAUGCUAUUCCUUAUAAUUAUCUUAUAGCUAUAUGUAAUCAUUUAUAUUAAAGGGUGUUACGAGCAGUUCUAUGUGGAACAGCAGAAGCUACUCAAUGGCCUAAAAGAGUUGGAAAAGAAGUUUGAGAAAGAUUAUUUCAAAGACCUUGAAUUGUCUGUAAAAUUAGAGGUAUUCCUCACCAAGAACUUUCGUUGACGUUUUUUAUUUGCUGUGCUGUUGUAUAAUUAUAUUGAUGUUGAAGGCUCUUUGCCCAAAAGAUACCAUGCCGAAAUGAAAAAAGCCACUCAAAAUGAGCCAAAAGCCAGUUUAACUAAAGGGUCUAGGAUACCUUCAUGAAAAUUACUCAUUUCCUUUAUACAUUCAAAAUUGUAUAUAAGCAAAUUUUCAUGUUUCUGAACAUAUCACAGGUGUGUUUUGGUUUACAAAAUGUUAUGGUGUGUUUAUUAUACCACAAAGGUUGAGCACAUGACAUACAAAAAUUGCAUGUCUAUAUGUGUGCAAUGCUAAAAAUAUUUUCAUGAAUUUAAAUGUUUGGGAAUCCAUCUUUCACCGAAUGAAAAUGUUUUUACUAUUCCACGAAUGAAAACAUUCAUUAUUUGUUUAUUAAAUAAUUUAUAUGACACCAAACUAAAUCAAUUUAUCGAUUUUUAUUGAUUUCAAUGCUUUACUCAAACAAAUAUACAUAUCUUAGUUGCAUGUACAAUGUUUAAAAUUAAUAGGAAUGCAACAAAUAUGUCCCAAGAAAUGUUUGAGUGGAGAGUUAAAUAAAUGUAAUAGUGGUAUUUAUUUAACUCAAUGCAUGUUUUGUAAAAAUAUUUUUUUAGCUAUUUUUACAUUUGGCUUGGCACAAAUUAUGCAUUUGAAUUUAAUUACAUCAGCCUCAUUAAAACUGUUGGUUUCACCCUAAGUCCCUAAUGAGAUAUUUAGGCAAGUGAGCGUGAUGAAGAAUUUAUAACAAACAUACUUGCUUGCAUGCAGGGAGGUGAGUCCGGGAUUGGACGCACCGAUGGUGGCUGGAAUUAAGUUUCCCGAACUCACCGAGCGAAGAGAGGUGGGUUCGGGAAACUUCCAACCACCCGAAGUGCGCCCAAUUCCGGACUCACCUAACCUGCGAGUAUGUUAGGUUUUUAUCACAUGCUAUUUCGGUAAAAAGUACUAAAGAAUUUACACAUUUUAGUAUAUAAUUUCUUGUUUGGAUAACGAACAUUUUAGCCGCUAACAUACUCCGCAAACAAACAAACGUGGGAUUAAAUUGAAAAAACAAUUCUCUGCAAUAUUCCCUUAUUCUUGAAAAAAGAAAAUGCACACAUUCUGCGAAAACAUUGCCAAGUAAACCGGCCCAUGCAAAACAAAACUCAACAAAUUUCGGCGGCCGUCUUUCUUCUCUUCCACUUUAAAUACAGAAUAUUCUAUUUUCAUCAAACAAAAUAAAAAAAAAUAAUUAUAAAACAAUUAAAAACAGUUAAUUAAUUAGUAUAGGUAAUCAUGCAAUGGCGAGUACAAUUAGGGAUCAUGAAUAGUACGAGUGAUGUUUGGAAAUUUUGCCAAAAUUGGACGAGCAACAUCGCAUGAUUACUUGUUUAUUAUUAGCAUAUCACAAAAUUGUAUACUUCUCAAUGUCAUCAUCAUAUUCUCUCGCUAAAGCCCAGUCCUGCCAGACUUUAACCAAUAUUUGGUGCUUUUGUUCGUAUUUUCAUUUAGUUCUUUUGUUCAAGCAAAAUUUGGCGCUAUUGUUCGUAUUUUCAUGUAGCUCCUCAAGGCUCAAGGGCAAUUUCCUUUCACAUUUGUGUUCAAAAUACCUUUCCGCCAUUUUGUUUGUUUUGGGAAAAUCAUUAAUUGUACUGCAAUACACAAUUAAUGAAAUAAUUGUACUCCUCUCAACCAAUCAGCAUCCAGUAAUUUUGUCAUGCUAAUAAUAAGUUAUUUAAAUCUUCAUUGGAAAUUUGUUCAAAUUGCUUCAUAAUGGCCACCGCCGAAACAUCGAUCUCGAACCCCCCUCCUAAACAUACGUCAGCAGGUGGGUUCGAGAUUGAACGAACCUCCUCGUAGCCAAUGGGAAAGCCGCCAAUGCGCUAGGUAUAAGGUAAUGAGGUAAACCAACCUGCUUUAUAUAAUCAAGAUGCUCUUCGGCAUUAUAACAUUGCUGAAGGAUGCAUAGUGUGCAAAUGCAUAAUUGCCUGAGAUCAAUCUGCAUGGGCCUAUUACGAUGUUACUGUUGGCACUUGCCCCUCUUUUUUUCUAUAUACAGUACAGUAUACUUGCAGUUUAUCAUAAUAAUUAACUUACAAGCCACACAUAAAAUUAAUGCACUCGAAACAGGCAGGAUAUUCUAUAUUUGCCUCUCAAAUGUACGUUGUAACCUGGAAUUGUUUUAACUUUAGGAAAGCAUAUUACUUUUUGGGCAACAUUUGAUGGAUGACUGUAUGAGAACUGCCAAGGAAGUGAUAGACGAUGUCCGGGCAAGGAAUGUUCCAAACGGCCCAUUCUUGAUCGCCAAAGCACAUUACAUCAUUUCUGCUGUCUAUAGACAGCGUGGAGAUUUUUCGAAGGCUCGGGAACACGUGGAAUAUUCAACUGAG